UCUGUGAUUUGCGCUGGUGGGAUUACAAUUGACGGCUCUGCGACUGCCACUCGCGGGCCAUGGGAUUCCAAACUACCCUUGGAAGUGCUCACUUCUGAAUUAUUAGAGGUGCAGGUGCGGCGCUGCUCACAUGCUGGCUCCAAAUGCAUUCACUUCUAUGCCCCACCAACUGGCAUGAAUUCAUUCGAAUUCACAUUCUGACGCUAUGCAAAGCAACACCACAAACAUUUUAACAACAAGCCAAAUCGUUGUGCUUCGCCUCGAUCACCUGCGCCAUUACUUGGGUAUCGCCAACGGUGGUGGCUUCAUCCCGCGCCAUAUUCCAGGGAACUCGAUCAUUAUGGGCGGUUCCGGACUCGACGGCCAAAGAUCCGGCAUUCGCUGCCGUAUCCGCGACAAUGUCGCAGCUGCUCUCCGUCAAGAUUGGGGCUCAUUGAAAAAGUGGUACAAACCAGUCAAGGUUGUGGACGCCACGGAUGCACGUUGGUUGGCCCUUGUCGAGCAGCAGACGUCGGUCAGAGAGAGGAUUGAGACCGCCUCCAAGCCGUCAACCGAUGUCGCGAAGAAGCACAUGAUCAUUAUGGCACUGCGUGAUGAAUUUCCGGAACUUGCGACGGACGUUCCUGCACCACCGGAGCCACAAGUCCGCUCGCCCCUGCCUCCAAAUGACGAGAAAACGGCCCUACCGAGCUACGAAGCGGCAACCGCGAAGAUGGCAGUAGCUGCAUCUCCGCUCGAUAUGCUGGCUUCGGAGGCACCAAAUCUCCAACCGCCUGAGGCUUCCACCAAGCGCAAACUCGCGGAGACACGCUUCCCAAAACCUUAUGCCAAGAAAGUGAAGGCGGAUGACUUUGCCGACUCGUCUGGCGACGAAGACAACGGCGGAGAUGACGAUUUUGACCCCAAACAGGAGCGAAGUGAACGUGUGGCGGCGCGCGGUGAGCGCAGACAGCGUACUGAGGAGAAAGGGGUCGCCACCGUCACCGUCGAGCAACUCGAGCGCCAACGCGAAGACCUUGGCGACAAAUAUCGCCUGGACGACAUUCAACUCCUCAAGAAGAUCGCAGAGAUACGGGGCGACAAGCGAGAAGGCUUCAAAUUGGUGGAAGAAGAACUGAAUCUGAAGCAUAAGCGCGCGAUGGAGCAAGCUCGGCGGAAGUACAGUCUGGAGAACUGAUCGACAACCUAGUGGACGUUUUCUCUAAAACGAAGGACAUGGUACUGCGCGCUGGCUUUCCCUCAGCUACAGUCCCGCAUCAGAGACGGAUAUGGAGUGACUAUUUGUUGUUGGAGUCAGCUCUACUAGCGGGAAUCCUAUGCAUCCUGCAGCUGACUCCUUGGCUUGCAGGUCACACUCACACUUAGAAAGCCAGAGUCCUCCGGCACAACUCACGAUGUCUCAUUUCGUGGCGCAUAUCCUCUACACAAGGUGCAUACCCCACGACCAGCUUAUGGUACGAUGCAGACGUCAA